GUGGAUGUCGCUCCGAAAAUAAUGGCAGGGGUCUGGGCCAACUAGUGCUAGCGCGUCUCGGGCGUGGGUGACAUGUGCCGAGGUAGCAAGUGCAUAUGGCGAGGGCAUGCCAUCGGUGGUUCUGGAGAGCUACACUGCACGCUUACAAUGGGGGAGCAUUUCAAGAAGUUCUUCAGUUCCAGUGGUGACUUGUCGGCGGAGGCGAAGGCUCAGCGAUGGUUCGAAAUCGCAAAGUCCGAGGGCUAUGAUUGGUACGAUGCAAAGCUGGCGCACAUGCUGCAGUUCGAAUCCGCGGUCGCGACGCCGACGCCAAAGGACCCGCACCACGCACGUGUCGUCCACAGCUUCACGGUGCCCAAGGAGCUGUGCAACAUGGGCGCAAACCUGCACGGCGGCGCGGUGGCGCUGAUCUUCGACAUCUGCACGUCGACGGCCAUUGCGGCCGCCAGCCACGACGGCUUCUGGGACACGGGCAAUGUCAGCCGCACGCUGAACUGCACGUAUCUGCGGCCGGCGGGCGUGGGCACAAAGGUCUAUGUGAUUUCCGAGGUGGUGCAUUUGGGGAAGCGCCAAGGGCUGACCAAGGGCGAGAUUAGGUUGGAGACGGAGGAUGGGAAGAUUGCGUAUACCUGUGACCACCAGAAGGCUGCGAUCGGGUCGUCGAGUCUGUAGGGCUGGUAUCAUCUAGAUAAUGUGACUAUUACGACGUUGCUACUUAGUAAGGGUCAAUGAGGAGAUGCUCGCUGGACCUCCAACAUGACGUUGGUGCUGCCCGUGCGCGGCCCCCCAUUGGCUGACGGGUUGCGGAGCGGUACCUGGAGACAUCAGACG